AUGCCCCGCGCGGCGGUUGCCAUGGCAGCGGGCCGCGGCGGCGAUGAUGGCGGCGAUGGGCCCGCAGCGCUCUACGCGUGGUUGGACUCGGUGCCGCUGUCCCGGCCCCGCAGGAACCUGGCCCGGGACUUCAGCGACGGCGUGCUGGCGGCCGAGGUGGUGAAGUUCUUCCUGCCCGCCCUGGUGCAGCUGCACGGCUACGUCCCCGCCUGCGCCACCGCGCAGAAGCUCAGCAACUGGGCACAGCUCAACCGGAAGGUGCUGAGCAAGCUCAAGUGCUGCCUGCCGCAGGAUGUGAUCCGGCAGCUGGUGCAGGGCCGGCCGGGCGCGGCGGAGCAGGUCCUGCUGCUGCUGCGGAGCAGGAUCCAGGAGAGGCUGCGGCAGAGCCAGGAUCCGGGUGUCCCGGCAGCGCGGGGAGGGCUCAGCUACAUGGAGACAGGGGGCUCCAAGGCAGGAGGAGGCAGCACCCAGGAGUCUCCCAAGGCUGCCGGGGCUCAGGAGCAGCAGGCAGAGCAGGAGAAGGCGCUGCUCCUGGCACAGGAAACCAUCCAGAUCCUGCAGCUCAAGGUGAGCCGCUUGGAGCAGCUGCUGCGCCUCAAGGACGUGCGCAUCCAGGACCUGAGCCGGCUGCUGCGGGAGGCCCAGCGGCGCUGAGCCCCGC